AUGGCGAACGAUGCUUGGGACGAAAUAAUGAGUGUGCAUUCGGCUCGAAAGCCUGUGCCCAGUGAGAAGGAUUCAUUCGUCAACGUACUCGGUCUUAGGCCGACUCGCGAAAAACGUGCUGCCAUCUGCGGUAAAUACUUAUUUCCAGCGCGUUUGCACAAAAAACUCUGA